AUGUGGGAAUUCGACGCCUUCAUAGAAGAAGGAGACGAAGAUUUCGCAUCGUAUGUAAAACGGUUUGGGCACUAUUGCAAAGUAGCCGGCGUACAAGACGAAGAACUUAAAAAGUCAGCCUUGAUCUAUGCCAUAGGAAAGAAAGCGUACAAGACGCUCAAGGACCUUCUUCUACCUGCAAAACCUGAAGAGAAGGCGUUCGAGGACUUGGUGAAAGUGCUGAGUGGCCACUACGAGCCUUCAAGUCAAGUCAUUGCGGAGCGUUUCAAAUUCAACAACAGGAGGUACCAAGGAGAAGGGGAGUCCGUCGCGGCAUUUGCAGUCACGCUGAAGCACAUGGCAGCCAAGUGCAACUACGGUACGUUUCUCGACGACCCUUUACGGGACCGGUUCGUCGCUGGGUUACGGAAUUCCACCAUUCAGACGGGUUUACUGAAGAGGAAGGAGCUGACGUUCGAAUCGGCCUGCGUUUUUGCUAAGAGCGUUGAGCUAGCGGAGCGGGAGUCGAGGGGAUUCCGACCAACUGCGAAUACGGAUGCCGACAUUCACGCUCUAAAGAAGACGGGGAAGGAACCGGAGUUUGCCAGCAAGCCGAAGAACAGUUCAAUGCGAAGCUGCUAUCGAUGCGGUCAAGAGCAUGACGCCCGUUGCUGCCGUUAUCGUAAAUUCAAAUGCCAUCUUUGCAAGCGCGUGGGACAUUUGGCGCGCAUGUGCAGAUGCAAGCAACCGGCGCCUGGCACCGUCCACAACGUGAGUGACGAAGCGAGCGGAGGCACAGAGCUGCUGCUGCACGGUGUGUAUCUGGUGGGCACGGAACAACCAUAUGAAGUUGAAGUACAGAUAGCCGGCCAGCUUGUGAAGAUGCAAGUAGAUACGGGCGCAGCCGUAUCACUCGUCCCGGAAUGCGUUUACCGGCAGCUAAAGCAGCCGCCGCAGCUUGCGAAGUGCGAGAUGAAGCUCAAGACUUACGGCGGAGCGACGCUACAAGUGAAAGGCCAAGUGGAGGUCUUGGUCGAUUAUAAGGGACAGUGGAAAGUCCUGCCAAUCAUCGUGGUACCAGGAGAGAAGCCAGCACUCCUAGGCCGCGACUGGAUUGCGAACCUCGGAAUGGACCUAAACAGCAUUCACGAGGUGCACGCACAACCGUCUGUCGAUAGCAUCCUGUCAAGGUAUGCCAGCGUUUUUUCACCUGGUUUAGGGUUGAUAAAGGGUUACCAAGCAAAACUGGUGCUUAAGGAAGGAAGCAUGCCAGUCUUUUGCAAGGCGUGGUCUGUGCCGUAUGCCAUUCGUGAACCUGUCGAGCAUGAGCUAGGCAAUUUGCAAAAAGAGGGCGUACUGGUGCCCGUAACCCGCAGCGACUGGGCCACGCCGCUGGUAGCUGUUCACAAGCCAGACGGCACAGUAAAAUUGUGUGGAGACUAUAAAUUGACGGUGAAUCCAUGA